AAAACUAUUCCUCAUCUGAUCCUAGAGAGAACCCUUCAUUUAAGACUAUAUUAGCACGCAUUUUAUCUGCUACUCUCAAAAAUACAUUAAAGUUUAGGUUUGAGGAUAUUCGCGCUUUCCCACUUCAAGAAUAUCAUACAGUAAAAAAAGCAUAUAUCCGUGUGAGAACAUGGAACUACUUUGAUUGGAAUAAUACAUUAAAAGCAGUUUGUGAAGUUGGUAUUUGUACUGCUUCCAAUGAUCUAACUUCCAAAUAUUAUCAUCAUAAAAUAACCUGUGAAGAAAGAUUACCUUUUUCAAAUCGUACCCUCAUUCUCAUAUGGGACAUAGAGACAUAUAGUUCACAAAGAACUGAUGAUCCCAAACCAUUAAAACAAAUUUGUCUUGUCGAUGUUGAAAUUGCAUCAGACCCACAAUGGAUUACAAUUGUAUAUAGAGACCAAACUAAUUUACUGAAAGCAUUUGCAUUAUGUUGGAAACUUUUAGUCCUGGAUAUACAAAUAAGCUUUAAUGAUUUGCAAUAUAACUGA